UUCCGUGUUACCAAAAGAAGAAAACAUGUUUGCUGGAGUCAAGUACAUACCUCGGGAUCAGGUUAAUGUAGUAGAACCAGACGAGGCAUUGGUUUCUUCUGUGAACAUAAAGAAAUCUGGAAAUAGGAAGGAAAGACAUCAGAGGAAAAAGAGCUCUCUUUAUUGUAGUUCUGAUGAUGAGGAGAUUGAAAAACUUAGUAGAAGUUCUAGUAGGAAGAAGCAUUGGUAUUCCUCAGAUGAACAUUCCUCUUCUCUGUCUGGAAGUGGAAGCGAGAGUGGUUCUGAUUAUGAUAAGAGGAAACAUCAGAAGAGCAGAAAAAAGAAGAUGACAUAUGAUAAUGGGAGUUCAUCCGAUGAAGUGAGUGAUAGAGCCAAGAAGAGGUCGAAAAGAAGUAGAAAAGGUUAUUCAUCAGGGAAACCAGAUUUUAGAUCUGAAAGUGAAGGUGUUAAUGAUUCUUCUGAUGGUAAAGAAAAAUCCAAGAAGGAAAGGGGGAAAUAUGGAAGUGAGAAGACUAAGAAAAAAAAAGAUAAAAAAGCUAUUGGAGAGGACUUGUCAGAUGAUGACAAAAAUUCUCCUUCUAUAGACAAAAAGGAACUAGCAAGGAAAGAGAUGGGACUAGAUUGGAUGGUUAAACCUGUACAAAUAACAGAGAAAAUGUCUACACAUGCUAAUGAUCAGACAGAGGAGCCCAAGGUCGAAGAGGUGAAGAAACCCAAUCCUAGAGAACUGAAUCCAUAUCUGAAAGACAAUGGAAGUGGUUACCCAGAAGAAGGAAAUGGGACAAAUAUUGGUGGGGACCGGCUUUUAUCUUCUUCAGUUGUUGGAGAUGGUGGAGCCAGCUGGCGACUGAAAGCGUUGAAGCGUGCAAAAGAGCAAGCAUCUAGGGAAGGACGCAAGCUUGAGGAGGUUGUUGAAGAACGCUGGGGCUCUCUUGGUCAACUGGCUGUUUCUGUGGCAUCUCGUGCAGCUGCUCCUUCUCGUGCUCAUUUGUGUGCCAUAAAAGAUAGGAGGAGAGGGGUAGCAGAAAAACAUAAAACUGUGGUAGAUGACCAAAGCAAAAAUCCAGAAAAGUUACCUGGAGACAGCCGAGAGUAUUUAAAGGAUGUAUCUCUCCGGCAUCCUGAGAUGAGGGAGCCAAAAGUUCAUGAUUCCUUAUCUUGGAGGAAGGGGAAGGGUCAAAAGAUGUCUACCGAGGAUGCUGGACUCAUCUCUGCUGUGGCAUCUAGCCUAAAUAAGUUUGCAAAUGAUGGAAAUUUUAUUCUUGAUUUUGCUCAUCACCAGAACAAAGAUGAUGGUUCACUGGGUUCGUCUCAUGCAAAUUAUGAUAGGGAUAAACAUACGGAUUCAGUAGUGGUUUCAUCUAAGAUCGACAAACCUAGUGAAGAUAGUCCUGUUGUUAUACAAGGAUUGAGUGUAAAUCAGUUGGCAGCCAAGGCGUUGCAACUUCGUAUGAAAGGAAAGAAUGAAGAAGCCGAGAGACUUAUGAAAGAAGCAGAGAACCUGAAGGGGAAGCAGGAUAGUGGAGAGAGAUUUGUUAGCCAGGGAGCUGAGGAAACUUCAAGAAGGUGUUUUUUGAGGGAUGUUUCUCUUAAGAAGAAGAAAAAAGAAGAGGAUGCUGAUAUGCAUUUGGCUCAAAAAAUAGUGCAGAACAAAAAAUUCAGCAUGUCUGGUCAGGCAGAUGAUGAAUAUGACUUUGAUGACGGUCCUAGACGAAAGCAAAAACAAAAGAGAGGAGAGGAGAAUAGUAUUUCAAAGCGGAUCUUGACUCAGCAAGAGCGCUGCCAAUUUUGUUUUGAGAAUCCAACAAGGCCAAAGCAUCUUAUCGUUUCAAUAGCAAAUUUCACAUACUUGAUGCUACCACCCUGGCAGACUGUUGUGCAAGGCCAUUGCUGCAUUUUACCCAUGCUGCAUGAAUCAGCCACAAGAAAUGUUGACAAUAAUGUGUGGGAGGAAAUUCGCAACUUCAAGAAGUGCCUCAUCAUGAUGUUUGCAAAGCAAGAGAAAGAUGUAGUGUUUCUUGAAACUGUGAUGGGAUUGGCGCAGCAACGCCGCCAUUGCAUGGUGGAGUGCAUUCCUUUACCACAAGAUAUAGCGAGGCAGGCUCCUCUUUAUUUUAAGAAGGCAAUUGAUGAAGCUGAAGAUGAGUGGAGCCAGCACAAUGCAAAGAAGCUUAUUGACACAAGCGAGAAGGGUUUACGUGCUUCAAUCCCUAAGGACUUCCCUUACUUCCAUGUUGAGUUUGGUCUAAAUAAGGGGUUUGUUCACGUGAUCGAUGAUGAAAAAGAAUUCAAAAGCAGCCUUGGCUUGAAUGUUAUCAGAGGCAUGCUACAUCUGCCAGAAGAAGACAUGUAUCGUCGCCGGAAGUAUGAGUCGGUGGAGACACAAAAACAAGCAGUUGUGAGCUUUGCCCGAGAAUGGGGGCCUUUUGAUUGGACAAAACAGCUUGGUUGACUAUCAAAAUCUUUCACUUGUAUGAAAUUUCUGGUAAAUAAAUCCUUUAUUGUGCAUAUCAAUGGUUAUACUUGUGCGCCAUCCUUGGGCCAGCAAUUGUAUCAUAGGCAUGAGUUCAUUUGAGCAUUAUUACCAUGGAUCUCCUAAAUGCAUGUAUCCCUUUCUGUUAAAAAAUUGUUAUUUCUCAUCCGUAUUUUGCUAGUACCCCUUCUCUGGUCUAAUGUAUGUUAGGCGA